UUUAGACGUUAAAUUUGUUUGUAUCCGUAAACAAAGGAUCAAAUGCCGAAACAAGAAUUCGAAUUCAUCGAUUACUUGGGUCCAUUAGCCGUAUCCGUAUGUUUUGUUGUAGUAUUAUUUAUUUUAUCAGCUAUUAUCAAUUUCAUUUGGAUAACAAAAAAUGAUGAUCGAACAGUUUUUGAAAAAUUUGGCUCAACGUUCGAUCUUCGAUGUGGUGUGCAUCGAAUGCGACAUAGGCCAAAUAAGUCAUGGAAACGAGUUCAAUUAAUUGAUAAUCAAGAUGUAUAAAGGCAAGAUGAGGAAUGAAUUAUGCAGUAGUUACAUAAUCUAGAAGCAAUGAUACCUCAACUGAUAUAUGAUAUGAUAUGUUAUGAUAUGAUUACAGAUUAAUCAGUUUUACUGCCUAUUUUUUUUGCAUAUUUUGUGGUCUUUUUUCUUCAUAGUUAUUUGAGAAUUUUCAAAUGACUAGAAAAAAAAGUGAAGUCACGUAAGUGUUAAUUACGUGAACUAUAUAGUUUUACAAUUUUAAAUCCGGGUUUUUCUUUUCUUUUCCUUUUUGUUUCAAUCUAUUUCAAAAGUACAUAAAAUAUCAUCAUUUCAAUUGCCUCUCUAUUCAUUGAAACACUUAUUUAACUACUAAUAUCACUUAAUUCACGCCGAUUUACCACUGCUACUACUGCUACUUUUACUAUUACUACUACUACUACUACUAAUACUACUAAUCAUUCAUUACAAUCUGUGUACAUUUCCGCUUUGUUCACUUUUCUGCGCUUUUGUUCCUACCUUGCUUUCUAAAAAGCAAAAGUUAUUUUUUCUGGAUUCCGGUGCUAUAAAUAGAAUGAAAACUCAUAUCGUAUUCAUAUGCACACUAUAAUUACUUUUAUAUUAACAUGAUCUUUUUCCCGGCAGUAAUUAUAGUUAAGGUUUCAAGUAUGAUGAAUAAUAUCACGGAUAUGAACAUUGAAUAUCACUAUUAUCACUUAAUAACAUCUUUGUGUUUAUUGUAACCGGUGAUUACCACUAUCAUUAUCAUUCCUCAUCCACUGAUAAUUCGUAGUAAGUUGUAUGUACUUGUGAAAUUUUGCUAUAAACACACCAAAAUUG